UCGUCUCCGUUGCACCCGUUUCUUAAGCGAGAAAGCGCUCUGUCCUUGCGGUUGGCAUCACGGUUUAAAAAUCUUGCAUUGCGAUUGUUUUUGUGUAGGUGAAUCCAUCGCUGUUUGUUUAUACGUUUAUUCGUUGCUUCGAGGGGACAAACAAAAAACAAAAAAAACCAGAGAGAAGAAAGUGCAGGAAAGAAGUGCGUUUUUUACAAUAAACAAAAAGAAAUUAUUAGUUCCGUCAGUUGUUGUUCGUUCAGUUCGACAGAAGAGGUUCCCGCAUAUCCACACCGAACGCCAUGGACUCGACGAAAGAUGAGAACCCCACGAAUAAUACGCAGCAGGAUGGAAAGCAAGAGCCAGAACAUCUCCGCAAAUUGUUCAUCGGCGGUUUGGACUACCGGACGACGGACGAAUCCCUGAAGGAACAUUUCGAGCAGUGGGGAGAGAUCGUGGACGUCGUCGUCAUGAAGGAUCCGAAGACGAAGCGUUCGCGCGGUUUUGGCUUCAUUACGUAUGAGAGGGCGAGCAUGGUCGACGCCGCUCAGAACGCCAGACCUCAUCGGGUCGACGGUCGCAUCGUCGAGCCAAAGAGGGCUGUACCCAGACAGGAGAUCGGUCGUCCUGAAGCUGGAGCUUCGGUGAAGAAACUCUUCGUUGGUGGUCUUCGUGAUGACGUGGAGGAGGAUCAACUGCGGGACUCGUUCAAGUCCUACGGCAACAUUUUAGUGUGCAACAUCGUGACUGACAAGGAGACUGGCAAGAAGAGGGGUUUCGCUUUCGUCGAGUUCGAGGAUUACGAUUCCGUUGACAAAAUUUGCUUGGAAAGGGCGCAUAAAAUUAACGGAAAGCGCGUCGACGUGAAGAAGGCUUUGAAGAAGUCCGAGCUGAACAAAUCCCCUAUGAUGCCGCCGAAUUUGGGCGGAGGUCCGAGCGGCGGUCCUAGCGGUGGACCGAGAAUGGGUCCACGCGCUUUCGGCGGAGGCGGCGGCAACUGGGGAGGAAACAGGGGUGGUCCGGGCGGGGACUGGAAUAACAUGGGCGGUGGCGGUAAUCCAGGUUACAAUAAUGGCGGAGGCGGCGGUAAUCCUGGUUACAAUAACGGAGGUGGUGGCGGCGGCGGCUGGAACAACGGUCCCGGCAACUGGAACAACCACGGUGGAAACAAUUGGGGUAACGACAACCAGCAAGGUCCUCCGCAAAAUUACCACCACAACAACAACGGAGGUGGUGGUGGCGGAAACAACGGAUGGAACAACGGACCCACCCCCAACAACAAUUUCGGUGGCGGAUAUCAGCAGAACUACAAUGGUGGAGGCGGCGGAGGAGGAGCGAUGAGGAAUAAUUACCCACAGAACAGGCCUGCACCGUACAGUAAUAACCAGGGUGGAGGUGGUUAUGGCGGAUAUGGGAACCAAAAUGGUGGUAACAUGAAUGGCCCAAGCGGCAUGCGACGCUUCUAAACAGAAACAUGUAAGUGCUUCGGUUACAUCGCAGACAGUCUCUCAUAUCUUGGCCUAGAAACAAACAAACAAAAAAAAAAAA